GCGGCGCACACAGCACGGAGUAGCAGCGCAUGCGAGCACUAGCUAACAUGAACUGGACUUUCUACCGUUUUAAUGUCACCUAGCUCUGUGUAUCUUCGCUAAACAACCUCUAAUGUGAGAUAUUACACUCUCUAGCACGUGCCAUGUGUUUCCAUGGGACAGUUAUUUGUACGAGUGGAGUAAUAAGGUAGGGAGGCAUCAGCUAGCUAACCUUAGCUAACGUGAGCUAGCCAGUGUUUCUGUUACUUGAAGGGGCAGUUUGGUGACCUUGUUGACAGCUUAGUUAAAGUACUUUAAUACGUUAUUUAUACUAACUAAGUACAUAUUGUAACAGCAUAUGUGGCCAAGAAUGUUAAGUGGAAACAGUCGGAUAAUUGUUAACUUCCGGUAUAUCCAUUUUCAACCUUUAUAACGUCCCCUGAGUUGUUAGAGAACAAUGUCUGUCUGGGUGACAGUGGGAGCCAUGAAACGGGUCCUGAGUUAUUGCAGCCGCAGAUCUCUAUGGCAACAGCGCAGUUUCCUGGUGACAUCAUCAGUCAAAGAAGACAUAUCCUAUUCUAGUCAACAGUUAGCCCACAUCUGGAGCACAAGACAGCAGACAUGCUUAGAUAAGAGUCUUGUUAGUUCGGUGAGGUUUUACUCACAGGGUAGAAUCCACAGUGACGACUUGGACGACAAGGAGCAGCAUCCUUCAUCUUCACUGUCACAGUCUUCGCUGCCCGCUGAGAUCCAAUCUGACGAGAAGGCCUCAAGGCAGACGCGGAGGUGGUCGCCCUUCAUUGACCAUCUGGAAAGCUGUGCCUCCCCAUCGGACGUUUUAGACCUCACCUGUCAAUACGCACCCACGUUUCGACAGGUCAGCAACUGCCUGACCCAGAUGUGGUCCACCACGAAGAAGAUGGCAGAAGAGCAGCGACGCUACGAGCUGCAGCUUAUGUCCGAGCAUCCUGCUUUUGACAAGCUACUGCAAUUGGCCAUGAAGGGAGCGGGGCACAUGUCCAAUGAGGAUGUGGCUUUUUCUCUGCUGUGUAUGGUCAAUCUGGGUGUUCCCCAACAUAGCCGCGUGGUCCAGACGUUCCUCCGAGCCUGUCAGGAGAAUCUGAAUGACUUUGAUGAGAAGGCCCUGUCCGUCUUGGCCUCCGGUCUGGAACAUAUGGAGAACUGUCCCAAUGUCCUCGCACUAAAGGAUGGCAUGAGGUUGGUAGUCGAGGCCCGUCUUCCCAGGAUCAAGAAUGUAAAGGCUCUCCAGACCAUGAUGCGCAUUAUGGGGAAAAAUGUCCCACUGGACCUCAAGCAGAAACUGGAGAGAAAAGCUCUGUCGAUGAAAGACCAGUUCAGCCUUCCCAACACCCAUUACAUGAUCUCCACUAUGGCUGUAAUGGACUUCUACUCCAAACCCCUGCUGGAAGUCUGCAGUAAGACAUUUCAAGAAAACCUCCAUGGAACCCCCUUCAACAAAUUAUAUGUAGUCCUGCAGUCCUGUAGGCAGCUACACUACAGAGACAUUGAUCUGUUCACUGGAAUUUCAGACUACGUUGCCUCUACUAUAGACAUAUGGACUAAAAAACAGGUGAUCCUCUUCCUGUCUGUGUUCGAGAACCUCACCUUCUGUCCCGCUGCAUUAAUGGAGGCAUAUGCCGAGAAGGUGAUCACCAGUCCGGACGCUCUGACACUUCAAGACCUCCUCUGUGUCCUCAAAGUGUACUCCAAUCUUAACUAUGACCUGCAGCACCAAAGGCAACAGUUCCUGGAUAGUCUCAGCACGGCUCUGGACUCCUAUCUGCCCAAGAUGUCUGGGUUUGAGUUGUUAAAGGUUGUGUAUCACAUGUGUCUGCUGGGCCACUUCCCCUCGGCACCACUGGAGCUUCUCCUGCAGAGCAGCACACUGGAGAAGUUUAACACCACAGUACCCAGGUUUCUCCCAAACCAGGAGAAAAUGUUCCAGACGGUGAACUUGUGCCUCCGUCUUGAGUGUCCUCUGCUCCCUCAGCCCCUGACACUCCCUCCAUCUGUCCCGGGAGACCCGGUCCCCAGCAGAUCAUCAGUGAACCUGAAUCUCUCAGAGGGCCUGCGGCGUGUGUUGGGAGACCAGGCAGACACAACGCUGCAGGAAAUGGUGACGGUGGAGAACUUCUACCUCAUAGAUGCUGUGAUAACCAAACCUCUGCAAAACCAAACCUCUGCAACAAGUGCAGGAGGAGAGUGUUCUCCAGCAGAGAGCAGUCAAAGAAUUGCAGUACUUUGCGAACCUCACUCUGGAUUCUGCUACGGUACGUCCACUCCCCGCGGCCCUCUGGCUGUCAAGAUUCGCCAUCUGAAGAUCCUGGGAUACGACCCUGUCUUGGUGAGACUCGGACAUGAUCACAGUUUGAGUUUGGCUGAGCAGUUACUGAUACUGAUCCUGAUCCUGUUCUUCCAGGUAACGGAGCAGGAGCUGCAGUCUGCGUCGGAGGAGUUCCUCAGGGAACGGGUUUUUCCAGAACACCAGCAAGCAGAGCAGCUGGGACCUUGAGGACAGUGUCAGACGGGUGCCAAGAACCCUAUCUGGUUCAGUGUUCUUAAUCUGUGCAGUCAUCAUGGACACAUUGGAAGCUUUGUACAUAAUUAAGAAGGAAUAAAUAUACUAAAAUAUUUCAAUGAAAACGGUGUGGAUAAGUUGAAGUGAAGAGAGAGUGAUCUUCUCUUUGUGUUUGUAGAAGAGUCGUUGGAGGAGUGACUGUGGGGGAUGAAAGAAAGGUUUAAUCGCUUGUUUUUAAUCACCGGUCCCAAAAAGCUCAGAAACAUGUUAAUCUUGCUGAAGCUUGUGGCAGUUGAUGAGUAAGAACCACGUCGCUGAAUGAAACCAAUAAAAGCAGCGUGUGCACUUCCAAUAACUGCGCACAGAAAGUGCAAGGUGAGCAAGGUAAAGGUAGAGUCCCUUUGAAGCAGCCACGUCUGCAGAAAGCACGGCGCAGGAAAAAAACAGCAGAGGGAGGAAGACAGGAAAUGGUGUAGAUUGUUAUUGUUUGAAGUGUGUGCCUCUCCUCUUUGUGUAUCUGCCUCUCAUCAGCCUCCAUGAUGUUAACGCUCCGAAAAACACCAUGUGAUGUUUCAUGUUUCUCAGAAAAAAGCGCACAGACUGGAAAGAGAUGUGUGAUGUUAAUCGGCGUGAUAUUUAAAUCUUUUGCUCCAGUGUUCACAGAAGGCCGUAACGGCUUUUCUUGUCUGAACUUUGCGGUCUGCU